AUGAAUAGAGGUAGAGGCGGAUUUAGAGGCGGCCGUGGUGGAGCAGGUGGAAGACCAAGCUUCCAACAAGGCCCACCAGAUACAGUUUUAGAAAUGGGCUCUUUUAUGCAAGCAUGCGAGGGAGAUAUAGUGUGUCGCUCGAUAAAUGUCAAAAUACCUUACUUUAAUGCCCCCAUUUACUUAGAAAACAAAACGCAAGUUGGGAAAGUGGAUGAAAUUUUAGGACCAUUGAAUGAAGUAUUUUUCACGAUAAAACCUUCUGAAGGAGUUAAAGCAGAAUCGUUUAAGGAGGGAGAUAAAUUUUAUAUUGGACCAGAUAAACUUUUACCGUUGGAAAGGUUCUUACCUAAGCCACCAUCGAUAGGGCCCAAACCAAAGAGAAAAGCUGGUGCUGGCGGUGCUGGUGGAAGCAGAGGUGGAUUUGGUGGUCGUGGUGGAAGCAGAGGUGGCUUUGGUGGUCGUGGUGGAGCCAGAGGUGGAAGCAGAGGCGGAUUCGGUGGUUCCAGAGGAGGUUUUGGUGGCCGUGGAGGUGCCAGAGGUGGAAGUAGAGGGGGAUUUGGUGGCCGUGGAGGUUCCAGAGGGGGAAACAGAGGUGGCAGAGGAAGAUUUUAA